AUGCUGGCGUUCAAACACCUACGAACACCCUCUGGGAGUCACAGUACAGAACCAGCCGGGUUCGCACGGCUGCUCACUACAAAACUUGCCAAGGUCAUCGCGACUGCCGUCCUUGCGAUAUGCUUCGGACUGCUCUACCUGCAAUGGGCCAAUAACAACUCCUCCGCCAGGGUGGAAGGACCUGUUCCAGAGAUCAUCGAGGACCUCAAGGCCACCACAGCAGUGCCGCAGAGACAAGGACGCUUACAUUUACUCAUCCCCGCGACUAGCAGUAAUUCAGACUUAUGUAAGCUGUUGCUAUCUGCACAGAUCCUCGGAUGGCCGACUCCAGUACUCAUCAACUACGGCGAUGUCGAGAACGCGGAUGCUUACGUUCAGCAUCUCGCCAAAGUGGAGGGUAUCCUGCGCUAUCUGGACCGCCUUGAAGCUUCGGAAGAGUACGAAGAAGAUCUGGUGCUGAUCGUGGAUGGCUAUGAUAUAUGGUUUCAACUACGGCCCGACGUUUUGAUCAAGAGAUUCUACGAGACUAACUCUGCUGCAAACGCUCAUGCAGUGGAGGUCUACGGCCAGGACCUGGUUGAUCAGUACGACAUUAAGCAGACCAUCAUCUUCGGGCCAGACAAGCUGUGCUGGCCGGUAGAUUUCAGUAGGCCUGCUUGUUGGGCAGUGCCAAUGAGUCCUUUGCCUGAGGCCGCUUUUGGAGUCACUGCCGGCGCCUACACUAAUCGCGACAACAACCAAGCACGGUGGCUGAACAGUGGCACUGUGAUGGGCAUGGCUUCAGAUCUUACAGAGGUCUUUCGCACCACGCUGGACGAAAUUCACACCAACCAUACCACAGACUCGGAUCAGUUCUAUUUCUCGAACGUUUUUGGGCUGCAAGAGUACGCUCGACUCUCACUCAAACCCGAGCUACUCGCCUCCGCAAAGGAAGUGGCGUACGACGAUGUCGAGGAUCCAAGUGAAGGUCACCGGUACGAGCCCGAGAUCCAAGGAAUAAAGACCGAAUAUCACAUCGGCAUCGACUAUGCCUCGACAAUGUUCCAGACGCUCGCCUUCUGGAAGCCGCAUCUCUCAUGGUCCCGUGUGAUCGACGCUUGGACGACGUCAGACAAAGCCAAGAGCGUUGUCAACCCAUUCCAGAUGGAACUGCCAGAUGACAUCAAGCAGUCGGCAGCACCAUACGAAGCUCUUAAAUAUGGUCUGGACCGAGAAGGACAUCCUGGCUGGGACAGCAUACAGCUGGUAUACAAUGUCAUCACAAGGCAAAUUCCCGUACUGUUACAUGUCACAGGCAACCCACAGGAAAAGGAGUACCGCGCAAAGUGGUGGCCAAAGCUAUGGUUUCAGGCCAGUGCAGAACAGCUUCGCCUUGCCAGCAACAAGCUCGAAAGCCGCGAAAUAUCUCCAGAGCCGAUCGCAGGCAUACACUGGUUUAACGCUGAGCCUGAAGAUGCCGAAGAGAUUGUCGGUGCUGGCAAAGGCGGUGCUUGGAAUGAUCGAGGUGGCUGGAUGAGCUGGAAACAACUGUGCAAGAACGUGGAGGAGGACCUUUACGCGGUAUACGGCGACGAUUUCUGGCAUCCACGGCCGAAGAAUGAAACUGCAGACGCAGAAGCAGAAGCAGAGUCACAAGUACUAACAACCCCAGAUGGCGAUGCACCAGCAGAGGCUGAGAUGGAGCCAGCAACGCGAUAG